ACUACGGAAGCUUGUGAGGAAAGCAGGAAGUCACUUAUCUGGUCACACACAUCAUGACCAUGAUCUUUUAUUUUUCAAAGGAGGACUGUCAUAUGAGUUAUUAUUGUACGCCAUAAUAACAACGUUGUGGUCUCUGGUAAUUACAUCCACUGAAAUCUUUAAUCCAAGUUAUCGCUUUUCUAUAUUGCCCAUCUACUCAUUCACCAAGGUCACAAGUACAGUGGAUGUAGUGGGAGCUAAGGCUUUAGCGUGCAGUCUCGGUCAAGUUGUAAUAUGGCUGGACUAAUAAACUUUAAAGAUGAAGCGGAAGUGAAGCAGUAUUUGGACAAUUUGGAAGUGGAAUACAGCUUCCAGUGCCACAGCGAGAAGGAUCCUGAAGGGUGCCAGCGACUCGCAGACUUCUUGGAAGGGAUAAAAAAAAACUAUGAAUCUGCAGCACAAGUGCUCAAACACAACUGUGAAACAAAUGGACAUGGAGAGAGUUGCUAUAAACUGGGGGUUUACCAUAUCACAGGAAAAGGUGGAGUGACUCCUUGUCUAAAAGCAGCCUACUCCUGCUUUAUGCGCGCCUGCAGUGCUGGAGGAAAGAAGUCUAUAGAUGCCUGCCAUAAUGCUGGUCUAUUAGCCUGUGAUGGACGAGCUAUGGACGGAGGACCUGACCUCACGGCAGCUCAGCAGUACUAUGAGAAGGCUUGCUCAGGUGGUUUUGCUCCUUCCUGCUUCAACCUCAGUGGUUUGUUCAUUGAGAGCAGUUCCAAAGGGCUGCCACCAAAUAUGACUCUAGCUCUGAAGUAUGCAAACAGAGCUUGUGAGCUGGGACAUGUGUAUGGCUGCGCCAAUGCAAGCCGCAUGUAUAGACUCGGGGACGGUACAGAGAAGGACGAGAAGAAAGCAGAAGAGCUGAAGAAUCGAGCAAAGGAGCUGUACAGUUUAGAGAAGGAAAGGAAAUUUGGGGAAUGAAUGUGACACAUUUGUUAAAUGAUCAUUGUUUUUGUUUGAAUGUGUCAGCCAAAUGUUUACAAAUA